GAAAGGGUGGCUCUAAUUUCCUCGCACGACAUCCCAAGUGAAAAGACUGAACAAGAUGAAUGUCAACGACAUCUCAGCGUUGAAAAAGACAUUUCCUGUAACCGUGACAUUUUGUGUAAUUUAUCUUCUGGAAGGAGUGUUGAUCCUUCUGGGUAAUAUUUUUACCGUCUUUGUUUUUUGGAAGCGUCGAGCAGAGCUACAACGAACAUCGUAUCUUCUUGUAAAUUUAGCUCUUGCCGAUCUUUUGGUGGCAGUCGGCGUUUCACUAAGUUUGAGCAGUCAAGUCAAAAUUUUUGUCACCUAUGAAUUUUCAACGCCAGAGGAGUUUUUAAGCCUUUUCACCUGGGAUGUGUUUUGUGAAGGAUCUUCGCUGCUUAGUUUACUGGUAAUAUCUUUGGAGCGCCUCUAUGCAGUUCAAUGGCCUUUCCGACACCGUACUUUGCGCACCAGCAGCUAUAUCUACAGCAUCGCAUUUGUAUGGAUAACGUCAGUAAUCAUGUCUGCUACUUUCUUCGCUCUGCUCUACCAAGAAGGUUCCCUCGCUGUCUUUGUUAUAUGUCCACUCCUUUUUGUUUUUCUGGUGCUCCUCUGUGUUGCAAAUAUUCUCAUUUGCGUUCAGAUGCGUAAAAAUGUUCCUGAAGGAGUGAACCAAAAGCGAGCCUUGCAAAACAAGAAACUAACUAAGACUUUGUUGAUUGUUACAAUUCUUUCUCUCAUUUUCUGGUUGCCUGGUGUUGUGAUGGUGUCUGUUGUUAAUGCGUUCGGCCCUGAAUGUGCAAUCAAAACAUAUGAUGUAUAUCGCGGCCUUAAGAUUUUGCAUUUGGCAAAUUCUAUUGUAAAUCCCUUAGUUUAUGCAUUUCGAAUGCCAUUAUUCAAGUCUGAAAUCAAGGAAUGCUUUUCUAAAAUUUGUCGUACAAAUAGAAAUCGGAUUGAGAUUCGUAACCGCGAUACAGCAACACAAGUGUGCGAUGAAAAUGUUCAAGGAGAUGGAUAUUCAGAAUGUCACGAAACCAAAUUGUAAUUUUUUCCCAUAUGAUUUGUCCUCUCGCCUGAGAAGUAAACUGUAUUCUGCUGAGUAGCCUUUAUUGUGCCAAUGAUCGGCAGCCUUCCAGAGUUUUAUUGUAAGUUAGAAAAAUAUUAAGAGUGUUGAAUCAAUGAUAUACUCCACCAGGACCUUUGUCAGUCGCAUAGUCAAGUGAAAUGGCGCAGUUUUUAACAGACUGAAGCUCCAACGAACAUUCGCUUUCUGAAAAAAAAGGGUGUAACGGCGCUUAUGCAUCGAUCUCGCCACUUUAUUUGCACUACAAAGAACACCAAAAAGAAUAUAGCGCAGCUGUUAAUGAUUGAAGGACGUUCUAAUGGUAAGAAAUCUAGAUUCACAUUUUUAUGAUCAAACAUUACAUUUUGUCAGCUGUUGACAAAAUAAACGACAAUAUAAAAGAUUGUCAUGUACAUUAGUGCUAUGAACAUGCAAAGGAU